UGAGCACGCUGGGAUCUUGUUCUAUCAGGCCAGACAUGUCUGGAUCCGCCAUAUGGGACUUAGUGCCUCAAGAAAACAGAGCAAAGUAGAGCUUCACUUUGAAUAGUCUGCUACUUUCAAGGGAAAAGGGUUAUUUUUUAUAUUUCUAAAAAAGUCACAGGCUGACAUUAACUUAUUUCAGCAGCGUGCAGUUCUGCUACUGAGUAGUUUGCUACCUUUGGCAGCAUGUUUUCAUGCUGUAGGACAGACUGUGCAUGGACAAAUGAGGACUCGUCCACUUUCUAGGAAGGUUCACACGAAUCUGACUUCCAUCUGCAGUCCUGAAGCAGCUUCCCUGUUUUUUCACGGAGUCGCACCAUGGCGACUCUACAACAGAGGUGUGAAGGGAUCACUGGUUGAAGAGUGUGAUUAGGACUGAGGCUGCUGGGAUUUGCAACUAAAAUCCAGACUGCCAUGGAUCAUGUGCUGAACAUAGCUGACUAUUACGUCCUCACUCCGUACGUUUACCCGACCUCGUGGCCCGAGGACUGGGCCGCGCGUCAGAUCAUCAGCCUCUGGGUGGUGACCAACCUGGGAGCACUGUUCAUUUACUUGGGCUUUGGUGGUCUCAGCUUCUACUACGUGUUUGACCAUAAGCUAAUGAAACAUCCACAGUUUGUUAAGAACCAAGUAAGAAAAGAGAUCCAGUUGGCAACUGUCUCCAUCUUCUGGAUGAGUUUCCCUACUGUGGCCCUUUUCUUCUGGGAGAUCAGAGGACACAGCAAACUUUAUGAGAGCAUCGAUGAAUCUACCUUGGGCUGGUCAGGGGUGUUCCUGAGCAUCGCUGGUUUCUUGUUCUUUACUGACAUGUGCAUCUACUGGAUACACCGCUGGAUGCACCAUAAGAGCAUUUACAAGCACUUGCAUAAGCAGCACCAUACAUUCAAGAUCCCUACACCGUUUGCCAGCCAUGCCUUCCACCCACUCGACGGCUUCCUGCAGAGCUUACCCUACCACGUAUACCCUUUCAUCUUCCCCCUCCACAAGGUGGUCUACCUCUCACUCUUUGUCUUUGUCAACAUCUGGACUAUUUCCAUACACGAUGGAGACUACCGCCUCCCGGGUCACCUGAUAUUUCUCAUCAACGGUGCCGCACACCAUGUGGACCAUCACCUGUACUUCAACUACAACUACGGACAAUACUUCACACUUUGGGAUCGCCUGGGGGGCUCCUACCGACACCCCUCAGUGCUGCUGGGAAAGGGGCCACACGACCACAUUCGCAAGCUCAUGGCAGAGGCUGCAAGGACACAGUGAUGAUGGAGCGACACUCAAGACUUCUGCUCUGGUUUAAAGCCAUCAUUGAAGAUCAAUAGUGCAAGGUGUCCACAAUUAGGAUGUGAUAAUGACUCCUUUUCUGUAUUCCCAAAAGAAACUGUGCUGGUGUGACAUGUUAACAUGCACUGCAAGAGAGGUUAAAAUGACCCCUGUGUAGACAAAGUAUAGGCUAGUUGCAGUUAUUCUACCUGUUGUGAAACAGUCUUAGUAACUGUGACAUGAAUUGCAUUUCUGUCUGCAUUUGUUUUUUGUUUUUUUUACAUAUAUUGUCAUUUUCAUGCUUUAUAUUGAUACAAUAAAAAUUUUGUCUUUGUGUCCUUACGAUGGACAUUUUCAGUAUAUUUCAUCCAUACAAUCAUCUGUGCAUUCAUUUUUUUCCAUUCAGUUUGGAAAAAAGAAAAAGAAAAAUACAGAAUGUGCCUUUUUUUUGUCUUUUCCAGGCUUUAAAGCUGCAGUCGGCAGUAAUUUCUUGAUCAAUAUCGGUGAAACAUACUCACUGACCAGAAGUUACAUCCAGUAAUUACUCUAUCCUGAGCUUAAUGUUUUUGUCCUGGACUGGUAGGUUGGUAACUUCACAAUUUUUGUCGUAUCCAAAUGUGUGGUAAUGGUUGGUUAGGUUGUGUAAGUAGAUUUACAGUGCAAGCUGAAGAAGAGGCAUCUGCUAAUCAAAGGCUGCCAGCUGUGGCUAAUUCACAUGUAAUUCUAGUCUACUUGUCAUGUUCAUGUUUACAACCAAUCCCGUGUUGAAGUAUGUGUGUGUAUCUGUGCUUAUCUGCUGGCUGUUUUUACAAAUUCUGGCUUUAUUUUUUUCAUUUUCUUAAUUUCUACCUACCCCAACCAUAAAAGGGAAAAGGGAAGUGAAUGUGCGUUUUCCUGCUUUCUUGCAAUGCUAAUUUUGUAAGCAAUCUUUUAAAAGUAGUAAAUUUGAAAUGAAGUACUGAGAAUCAGCGAUUAUAACCAUCAGCUUCGUCAGUCUGACAGGUGGACUGCAGCCUAGUAUGAAUGUUUUGUCCAAAUGCAACAAGUCUUGGUGUCUCAUCUAAUUACAGUAGAACUCUCAAAUUCAAGUGUCAGGGCUUUCUGAAUUAAUAUUGAUGUAUUUUAGGCCUGGAGGAGUUUAUAUAAUUAUACAGUGGUUCACUACAGUGCAGUAUAACUCAUUUAAAAGGGACAAAAUAAACUUAUCCCUGUUUCACUUUAA